CCAAUCCGACAGCUGCGCGAUUGGCGUAACCGGCAAGAGGCUUGCGAGGCGAGCGCUGAUUGGCGGCCAGGCCUGACUGCGAGCGUCGCUGCCUUUGUGAAUGCCAGUCUUAUGCGCCAGUCGUGCCUGAACCAGCCUCGCCUCACGUCGGGCCAGUUAAAUUCUGCGCGUCCGUCAAGACACGUCACUGUCGCAGUCCCCUCCGGUCACGCGACCUCUUCAACUGCUUGUCGUGUCGACCCGACGCCGCCAGUCACGACGACAACAACUCGCCUCCAGUCGGUCCCCACUUGUCGCCUCAACACACGCAUGUUCCGCCCCCUCGACCGACUCUUUCCCUCUCACGCCGCCGAAACAACUGCACUCACCAUGGCAACGGCGGCAACUGCCGCUACCGCCUCGCUCUGCUAUCCCAGAGCGAGCGAUCCCGGCGACCUCUCGACCCGUUCCCCCACCAGAGAUCCACUCGGUGCUCCCCCCGCCCCCGUCACCGGUUUUGGCGUUGGUGACCCCUUGACGACCGGUUUACUCGGUCCGGGACAGGCGUUGCUCAAUCACAUGCUCUUUCCCCUAUCCUCGGGACUGCCCCACCCCUUACCCUUCCCACUCCAUCUACCUCUCCCGCUCCCGCUCUCCAUCCCGCCACUGCCCUUCCCUCUGCCAAUGCCACUCUCUCUCGGCCACCAUUCCGGCCUCCAGACGGCGCACAAUUCGCCGCCAGGACACACUGACAGACCGGCCUGGCAACCGACGAUGUCCGAGGCGAGCCGAGGCGUCGGCGCCACGACAACGCCAAUCCAUUUCGACGACGCUGUUGAGACAACCGAGGCCUGCAGACACUCAAUCAGCCCCAGUCUCUUUUGUGCUCUCUCCGCAGCCUCGCCGUCAUCGCCUCUUCCACCGCCCCCCCGGGCCACAUUCGCCCAAGCAACCUCUCUCUCCACGAUUUUCGCGUCGCGAGCCAAUUUAACCCCGUCCACACCACCCCUCUCCGUCUGGUCACCUUUCGCCGCCGGUCGACUCGACUGUCCACCUUCGUCCGGCUCUCCGGGCCCAGCAACACCGAGACCCUUUUAUGCACUCCCACCGGACGAACUGGAGCCUGUUGUCAUGCGAACUGCGUCACCGAGCCUGUAUUGUCGUGACGAUCCGAAGCCCAAUUUCAGUUAUAUCGGUGAGUCGACUACUGUUAUGUACUACUUUUUGAUGCGAUUCUGUUUGAGGCCAUAUGGUGUCAUGCAAACCACUGAUUUUGUGACUGCUUUUCAAGAUUUGACUGUCUAUGCUCCUUGA